GGUCACAAUUCACAUGUAAAGCAAAGUCCUCCCACAUUCGAAUAUUAACUGGAACAAGACGAAAGACCUUUGCUUUGCUUUGCUUUGUCUAAUUCUAAACCCACAGAGUGAUGAAGAUGGUGUGGAUGGUUACUCGACAGCUUUCGAUUAAAGGAAAGAGAAGGCGCAUAUGGGGAGGAGGAGCUUUUCUCUGUUGGGUUUUGUUAAUGUUGGUCACUCCCAAGAUUUCUCACUCCCCAAAUCACCAUCACUAUGCUGACAUGCGCAACUUCCUUGGGGUGCCCAACACAUUGAAUGUGAUCACCAAUUUCCCAUUCUUGGUUGUUGGAGUUCUGGGUUUUGUUCUCUGCCUUCAAGGGGGGUUUUUCAAUAUCAGUUUGCCAGGUGAAGUUUGGGGUUGGGCACUGUUCUAUGCAGGAAUAGCAGGGUUGGCUUUUGGGUCUGCUUAUUAUCAUUUGAAGCCUGAUGAUAGUAGAGUGACUUGGGAUACCUUGCCGAUGAUGAUCACAUUAUCCUCGCUUUUCUCUAGUUUUUUAGUCGAGAGAGUGGGAGAGAGAAUCGGCUUAAGUUGUCUAUUUGCACUCCUCUUCAUUGCAUUUCUCAGUACUGCCUAUGAAAGGACAUGUAAUGAUAUUAGAUUGUACAUGAUGUUCGAAUUGAUUCCGUGUAUAGCAAUUCCAGGAAUGACAUUUGUGUUCCCACCCAAAUAUACUCACUCAAGAUAUUGGCUUUGGGCAGCAGGGGCUUACAUUCUCUCCAAAUUUGAAGCCUUUGCUGACAUGAAAAUAUACCAUGCAAACCAGUACACUAUCAGUGGGCACUCUUUGGAGCAUCUAUGUUUAGUAAUCGUCCCUGUUCUUCUCAGUAUUAUGCUCAUGCACAGAACCAGGAAAUGUCAAAGAUUUAUAGACUGA